AUGGCGUCCAGUGAAGAUGACGAAGAUAUUCAAGCUUACCUUCAAAAUCUAUCCAAGAAGACAACUUCCAAACCAGAUCAUACUCGAAAAUUCAAAUUAUCGUUAAGCGAUGAAGAUAUUGAUGUAUCAAGCAUCUCAAUAUCAGAGGAUCACUCUGAUGGAGACAUGGAGCAAGAUAAUCAGGUUCGAGCCAACAGCAGUCUUGACUCAACAUCACAACCGUUACAACAAAUCAAUCACUCCAUAUCCAACCGAUCCAUGGUUAGGUCUGCAAAUAGCUCAACCAACUCCAUUGACAGUGCAGUCCCUAAUAUGCAAGAUUUACAGUCAAUACCUGAUGAUGAUGACCUAUUCAACGAUUCACAAACUAAGAGUACCGCUUCGCCUUCUGAAUCUUUCCAGUUGCAAGUUCACAACAUCGAUGAGCUGUUGAGCGAUACUAAUGAAAUAAACGAGGAACUUAGCUCUCAUAGAGAAAGCGCCGAAGAAAUAGAAGAGGAUGUCAAUCACGAUUCCUACGAUCGUGAUGAUGAUUAUUCUUCCAUCAAAUCACAAGAUAAUAUUUCAAGUGAUAAUAGAUCUCAGAAUAGUCUAGCAGAAGAUAUAAAGUCCAUUUCUAACUUAGAAUCAUCGAUACAGACUAUCCGUGAUGAAACACAUUCUGUCCACAAGUCUAUUCAGUCAGAUAUUGAAAGUUUGCAUUAUUCUACGGACGAUUUUGUAACUGAAGACAGUAGCGCGCGUAAAGAGUCCCUUAUUUUGUCUCGUAGCGCAACUUCCGACACCGACUACUCAACCAGCAGCGAUACUACCUCUUCCAGUCGUCGCUCUGUAGUAAACACAAAGUCGAAUUCCAAAGAUAUUAUCGUAAAAGACGCUGAAGUUCAAACAGACUCACCUCCUAGGCAAGGUAACAUCCAAACAUCGAUCGGUCCAAGUUAUGGCCAUGAAUAUUUAGAUCCAGCGCCUAUUGCAACACACGUAAUCAGCCCCGAUGCAUUAGAAGCGGUAACUGCUUAUAACCCUAUGACUGUCGCUCUGAAUAACAUGCUACGAGAUCAACUAAAUUUAACGAAGAACUUUGUGGACUCAAACAGGAGGCUUUAUAACGCCGAAAUUGAUAAUAUCCAGUCGAAUUCUUAUCAUUAUGUCACACUGCAAGAUACCAAACGGUAUAUUCAGGAAAAUAGAAGGCCUCGACUUACUUACGAAGAAGCAUUAAAGCAAGUUUUGGCUGAACAGGAAUAUUAA